UAAAUUUCAUAACAUAUCUUUUUGGCAAAAGCAUCUCUUCUAUUGAAUUCUUUAUGGCUACCGUAUUUUAUGGUUUCCAAUAUUUAGUUCAGCACCUACUUGAACAGUUAUGUGACAAGUUAUUCAAAUGUUGCUAGCAGAGGAUUCCCAUGAAAUUUACAAGCCAAUAUGGUAAGAAUCUGGGGAACCACGCAUUUCUCAAAGUUCCAAGUGGUGCUGUAUGGAAACUGGAACUCGAAAAAUCUAAUGGUGUCGUUUGGAUUCGCAACGGUUGGAAAGAGUUCGCAAACUAUCACUCCAUAGGCUUCGGGCAUCUUCUGGUAUUUAGGUACAAUGGGAACUGCAAUUUCAAUGUUCUUAUAUUUGAUAAAUCGGCUUCAGAGAUUGAAUACCAAGUAAGUGCUACCCAUGGUGAACAAACCAACAUAAGCGGUAAUGGAAAAUCAAAAAUCCCUGUGACGGAAGACACCAUUGAGAUUGAUGAUUUAGUUGAAACAUUAGAAGAUACGCCUUGUGCAACAUACAAUACGAAAACGGAGGAAAUCUGCGGAAGGGGUGAAAUCAAGAAACUUGGCGUUCAAACUCGUCAAAAAACAAGGCAGGCAUCCUACUACAGGGCAAAUAUAGAGAAAGAUGCUUCUGUCAAAAUCAUGGAUGAUUCACUUGUACGAGAUUCUCUAGUUUCUGAGAGGGAGAGAGCGAAUACCAAGACUGGAAUGGCGAACAAUAUGCAAGAAUUUCCACGGGAUAUUCAAUCUAAAGGGCUUAAGCUUCCGAAUCAAAAAAAGGAUCUGAAGACAGAAAUUGAAACAGAAGAAGGCGCUGUAGGCACGUCCAUUGGACAGAGACGACAUCAAUCUCAAAUUCCUGCCAAAAUGAUAUCAGUAACAGCCAAUAUGAACUCAAGAGCCCUCGAAAGAGCCCAAGAUUUUAAAUCCAAAAAACCUUUCUUCACGGUUCACAUGCAGCCGUCUUAUAUUUUUAGUAAAACCAGUUUGAGUAUACCACAAAACUUCGUGAAGAUAUAUCUAGGAGAUCACCAUCACCAGAAUAUCAGUUUAAAGAUUUCAGAUGGGACAAUAUGGUCUGUAAGGUCCUAUCGUAGAUCAAUGAAUGCCCGACGCAGUAUUGCAUGGCGCCAAUUUGCAAGGGACAACAAUUUGAAAGUCGGCGAUAUUUGCAUCUUCGAGUUGAUGAGUAUGGGCAUCGAACCCCAGCUGAAUGUCACCAUAUUUCGGAAGUAGAAAAUCAAGGUGAUUUGGGACUGGUAGUCUAUGACUCUAUAUAAGAAAAAAAAAUCCUAUUUAGCUUUGGUAACUGGUAAGUAACUAGAACUCUUGUGGUUGGCACCUUCGUGGAGCUUCAGAGUAAAUAUUUGUGAAGUGUCAUUUUGGGAAUGUGCAGACAUAUACACGUGUUUUGAUCAAAUUUCUUGUCCUCUGUUUCAAAGUCUACUCUUUCCUUAUAUACUGAAAUUUAUGCAACUGCAUCAAUGGUGACACUUUUUUUCUUUUUUCAUUCGGCCUAGUUUUGGUGGCACAAUUUCAUAAGGAGUAUGACGU